CAAGGUGACGGAGAAUUUCCGUUUAAUUCAAUUCCCUUCUCAACAUUUCAUAAAACUAUACCUACAUCAUAUGUAUUACUUCCACUAUAAUCAAUUUACUUCGAUAUGUUCCCUUCGCGGUAAAUGUAUUUUUUGUGCGUGUAUUUUCAACAGAAAUAAUCCGUCAUUUUCACGAGCGAGGACCAGCUUAGCCAUGGAUUCCAAUCAGAUAUUGAAAAAAUUAUUAUACCUUCUCACUCUGCACCUACUUCUGUUGAAGAAUGCAAACGCAGCCCAAGAAUCAGCCAAUCUUGGUUACAAUGCACUCGACCGAGUAAAAUUAAUCGACACGUUCGAAAGUAAAGCGUCUCAAUUCAUAAACAACAUGGACAAAUUCGCCGACUGGAUUCGCGAUUCUGAUCCACUUUCAUCAAUCCAGCCAGUAAAAGAUUCUCUUCUUCACGAUCUGCAUCGAAUAAAAGAAUGCUUCCCGAUACGAAUUCAAUACCAAGCACUGGCCGAACUGCGCAGUCGUAUCAGACACAUCUCAAACCAAUUAUAUCAUCUAAAAGCGAAUUCGAAACGACCCGAAGAGACGACCAAAUUCCAAGACAUUAUUCUUCAAUUGCUCAAUUUCGGAGUAAAAAUAUCCCAUCUGACCUUCGCUUUGGAAACAGAGGACGAAAUCGCUCCUUUUAAACCCAUACUCGAAGCUUGUAUUCGAGAGAUUCUAGCCUAUCGUUUCGACUCUGCUAGGGCAGAACUGCAAAAAAUACACCACGAUAGAAUAACGAACAUUAUGGUCGAAAAACUGCACAAUUUAGGGGAAGAGAAUUUCUACACUCUGGUGAAUUUCGUCGAUUACCUGAAAAACGACACAGAUAUGAGUUUCGGGUUCUGGGAAGCUUUACACGAUGGAACCAAUGCAGUCGCCAGUUCGCAAAAUUUCUUCAAACUAUACAUUUCAUUAUUAAACGAUCGAGAUCAAAAUGAGAACACGACUACGAGGAAGCGAAUAGAAUCAUUCGUCGAUCUUUUGAAAUACUCCAUCAAAAGGGCGGCGGUUGAAGAGAUAACUGACGCAUUCGUAUUAAAUUACUUGGUCAAAGUCGAGUCGUACGUAACGGAACUGGCUGAAACCAGAAUUUUCGACAUGAAUAACGUCAUAGAAUCGGUGAUAGAUAGAAUAUCUCAAAAACUAGGUACGAAACAUCUGUCCGGAAUUAUGCGAGCUGAUAAAGGCCUCUGCGUAAACGAGACGACCGCGAUUCCGCUGAUAUUUCGGUUGAAACGACUGCUGAGCUGGAGUAAGUACUGUACUUUGAGUCAAGAUGUGAAAAAAUUAGCUCAACGAGCGAUGAACAGCUCGCCGGUAUCGAUUGGACUGGGGCCGAUAGAGUAUUGCCAAAAAGUCUGCAUUAUGAACGUUAACUUCAACGAAUACCUUUACGAUCCGGAUAAGUCGGAGUGUUUGGAUAAGCACAAGAGUAACAGCUCGUGUCCUGCUUAUACAACCAACGCGAAACAUGGAGGAAAACGUGAUCAACUGGCAUGGAACUUGAAACAGACUGGAAUGAAUAAAUAUCAAAUAAUUAGCUAUAAUAAUAAUUACAGUUUGUUCGUCGACGAUGAAAAAUUGGACGAAGAGAGACGUUGUGUUUCGACGAGACAAAUUGGUCAUCAGGAUGAUGAUAAAUACGAAUGGCAGUUCGAAUCAGACGGAGAUUUCGUUUACAUUAAGAAUAUUCACUAUGGAGAGUAUCUUUCGGCGAGCAUCAGAGGAUAUAUUAAUAAUGUGACGACAAUUGAUUUGAAAUCGAUGGUUACGACGAGUAAAAGGCUUCGGAAUGUGUUCACCUUCGUGCAUAAGAAACUAACGCCGGAUUGUUAUUGGACGAUUGUUGAGUGUCCUUGAAAUUGUAAUCGAAUAAAUCUAAAAUGAAAAAUACGUAACGUUAAUCGAAUAUAUCGCUUAUUUUAUA